AUGUUACAUCUCCUAAUCGUGACGAUACUGGCAGUCUCUCUGACUGUUUAUUUCGUCUGCGAUAACAGAUACAAAUCUAUGGUUGAUUGGCGCUCCAUUGAGACUCCCAACGGGGACAAGUUCCCCGACUUCAGUUUUUCUGGCUACCACAACUCCGAGGUAUCACUUCCAACUGUCAACACUGCCGCCGUCACCCUCUCUUUCCCCAACAAGUCCUAUGAUGAUAUAAGACCCCUGAUACAGAAGGCUAUUGACUCUGUUGCCCUUAGUGGCGGAGGUGUUGUUGAGCUCCCAUCAGGUAGCUUCCACAUCAGUGCUGGCAUUCAGCUUCGCAGCCACGUCACUGUCAGAGGAUCCAACACUGGCGAAACCACCUUGAUCCUGAAAGGACAGCCAUCCAGCCCAGUCUUUACUCUUGGGAGUGUUGGCAACGCUUCCAAGGCACAGUUUGGGGCCAAAUCAGCAAUCAUCGACAACUAUGUUCCCAUCGGCUCGUCCAUAGUGAACAUCCAAAGCAACACCAGCCUCUCGGUCAACCAAACCGUUUAUAUAUCCAGGGCUGCGACAGAAUCUUGGAUCAAUUCUAACGGAAUGGGUGACUUGGUACGAGAUGGCGACGCACAAACAUGGAUAACGGUGAACAAGAAGAUCAUGUCACCGAAUGUGAUCAAGGCCAUCGAUGGCACGAAGCUCACGCUUCAGAUACCAUUGACAGAUGCUCUUUAUUCAAAGUACAUGAGUCCCGAGGUCUGGGUAUACAAGCCUCCGGCGCUGUACUCGGAGAUGGGACUUCAAAAUCUUCGCAUCCAAGUUCCCAAUACCUGUUCUGGGGCCCCCCUAAGUAACGAGACUUGCAACUUUGCGGCAGUCAAGUUCCCAGCAUGGACAGUCGACAGCUGGGCAAGAGGGCUAAAGUUGGAAGGCUUCAAUCGCUUCUUUGAUAUUGAUGUCGACGCUUCUCGAAUCACCAUUCAAGAGGUUGAGAUGAAUCGGAAUCAAGACAUUGAAGGAAGAGCUCUUCCCGUCGAUAUCUUGCUUCAGGGCUCCCAGGUCCUUGUCCAAGACUGCAAGCAGGUCGGUCUCCCAACCGCCAGGUGUUUUUCUGUGGCAACAGACUCUCUGGCUGCAGGACCGAACACGGUCAUUCGCCACUCCACCAUGUCGGACAUACAGACCAUUUACCCUCAUGAAAGAUGGGCGCAUGGAUUACUCGUCGAGAUGACAUCAGUGCCAACUCUCUUUGUCAAUCGAGCUUCCAAUGGCACAGGUCAUGGUUGGACGAUCAAUGCUGGUGUUGGGUGGAAUCUGAGGGGCGAGGCCGUUGUCCAGUCGCCGCCGCUUGGUAUCAACUGGUGUAUCGGUUGUAGAGGAACGAAUGGGGCGUCGGGGAAUGGUACCUUUAUCCGCCCUGACAGGAAGGUCAGACCGGAAAGUCUUUUCAUGGCUCAACGUGAGGCCCGCGGACUACAUUAG